AAUCCGCCGCCCGCGCUCGGUUUUCGGCCGAGUUGUUUACAUCGCCACUCAUUUCCUGGAAUCCGCGCUCGGUCUAUGACGCGCUCGGCGAAGCAACAGCUCACGUCGUAUGCGCAAAAAGCCAUUUACGCGACGACAGUCGAACGAGUCGGUUGAUGUCCCGCGCCUCUCCGUGUGCCGUAUUGUUCUUUCUUAAUAUGCGUUCGCGACAAGUGCGUGAAGAGACCGCGAUCGCUCCCUUGCCCGUGCUACACCUAGGGGAUGAUCCUGCUCGCGGCUCAUCCGAGCGGAGAAGUCGACACGGGCAUUUUAGCACGACUAUCAUACUAAUUGGGGCGCGUCGCAUUCGAGAAUCAUCUGAAAUCCGGCCGUGGCAGCUCUCGGAUUUCUCUGGGGCGUGGAUCAUGCAGAAGCCUUGGGAGGGAGACGUGCUCGCGACUGAAAACGGGACUCGACUAUCACCGCCCCCUAUGCGCACGAAACGUAACUUCUUGAACGCAGCCACGGAUAUUUCCGGCCGGUAACACGUCACGUCCACAAUAAUUGUAUAUUUUGUAUUAGUAAGAUACACGAUCGCUCGGUUCCACUCGACGCUACGAUCACACAGUGCAAUUGCACAACGAGGCAUAAACACAACAACUAAAAAUCUGCAUAAUUUAAGCCCCCAAAAAAGUUACAGGCGUAAAGAGGAGCCUACGUUUCUCUUUUCAAUGCGAGAGUAUGCGAAAUUUCUGAAACACCGCAAACGAAAGGAUCCAAUUUAACCCGCUGCGCAUUCAAUGGUGAAACCCCGUGACAACUGCGCGCGCGAACCA